AUGUCGGCUCACUUGACUUGUCCCCGCGCUCGCCUGGACAAGAUGGGAGCUCUCUGCCAUCCGACGCAGCCGUCUGCAGUCCGAACACCCGGGAUGGAUGACGAGACGGCGAAGCUGGGCAAGGGUCCCGAGGCUGAAAAGCCUGCUGAAUUUCCGCUGUUCUCCAAACUUCCGCCAGAGCUUCGCCUCAAGAUAUGGAACCUUACUCUGCCCUCUCUGAGACUGGUGUCCAUUCACUGCGGCGCCGAUUCGCCUUCGCUCUGCUAUCCACAACAUCACACUACCAAGCCAUCAUUUACCGGCUGCACCUCUGAUGUUGCGAUACCCGUCAACAUGCACGUGUGCACCGAGUCUCGAGCCGAAGCAUUCAAGAGUUUCCAGUACGCCUUUGGUUUCGUGCGCACCCCGGGACACAUCAUCUUCAAUCCGGAUAGCGACAUUCUUUACUUCGGACCUCGACAAGGAUACAUGGCUGCCGACGCUCAAUUCCACACCUGCAUGUCAAUGUGCGACCCGGCACAAUUGGCCCUCGUGCGCCGAAUCGCCGUCAGCGAUGCUCUGUUCUGGGUUGACCGCGUAUACAGCUCCACGGCGGCCGCGAGCCUGACAACAAACGUCAUCAAACAACUGGCAUCACGAAUGCCUGCGUUGGAGCACAUGAUAUUCGUGCCCCGUGAACAGGACGAGGCGACGGACCCAGCAUUGACGGAAGAGAGAAUGAGCUGCCAGAUUCACAUGGCCAUACACACUGUCUGCCAAGAAGACUUGCACUGGCGCCCGCCGCCCUGGACAGUCAUGUCUUUGCGGAAGCUAACCGCAGCCUGCGGAUGA